ACAAGACGCAGCGAGAAGUAAGUCGUGUGUGAAUGUCUGAAAAAAACGACGGGCGAAACAGUGAAAUUAUAUCGAGCGAGUUCAGACAAAAAAAAAAACGAAACGAAACAGCGGGCCGGCCUUUCUUUGUUGUUGUGGUUUUUUAGAGAUUCGUAAGAUCGUUGAGCGACUGACUGAGCCUCCGAAUCGAAACCUCUGGCAAGACAAGCAGGCUGGCUGGCUAGCUAAACUGACUGGCAGACAAACUGGACGGACAGACGACAUACGAGUCAGCAGAAGCAGAAGCCACUCGCACGCUCAACACAGGCAGCCGUUAAGCUGAAAUUUCGAUCGUAACUUUGCAGUUGACUGUCGCGCACGGAAGCGUUCGGAAGUGGAAUAUAUUUUAUUAAUAAUAUUAACGUCGUCUCUACACACCACCAACAAUCCAACCAAGCAACCUACCUACCGACCAACAAUCACAUCACCAAAACCCGACCACAAAACGCCGAAAAAGAAAUCAACCAACCAACCAACCCAACAACAGCAUUACUUUUCAACUUGCUCACUACCAAAAGAAGCCUGGCUUAUUUAGUUUCUUACCAGUCACCGAGCACGCACCAACAAGUAGUCCGUCAAUACUCCGCCUAACUACUACGCGUCCAUUUAAAACAAAUCUGCCCAAAAUCUUCUGUACCAGUAAACAGAUCGUGAACUACAUUUUUUUCGGAAUCGAGAAAAAAACAACAAAUUAAAGCUUAAAUUAAUUUUGUCAUAAAUUAAUUUUAAAUAGAGCAAAGCUUGAAAAAAGAAGUUAACGAAAAAAACCCAAAAUCAUUGAAAAUUAAAAAAAAAAUCAAGCAUAAUUUUUUUAUUAAAAAAUAAAAAAAAACGUUUAACUAUAAGUGGCCAUUAAAGACUGGGUAUUUAAUACCUAAUUUCAAGGCCUCAAAAUUUAAACGAGCUUUCAAUCAGAACCACAUAUGGUUUGCAGUAAUUCCCAAUAGUUAGUGGAGUCUUUAAGGAAAAUCAUAGCUAGAUCUUCAAAAUAAUAAGUUUGGUCUUAUUCGUUGUUCUGGCCUGAAAAACCCAACGGCCAAUCAAAUAAUUAAGGUGAAAUAUAUGUAUGUCGAUUGGUGUGUUUGUAAGUGUUGAACAAUAACACGCCCACAACAACCACCAACACCAUAACCACCACCGUAGCCGGCAGCAGUAACCACACCACACCACACCAUUGUGAGACUAUCAUCUCUAACACGAUCACCAUCAUCAUUAUCAUCAAAAGACUAUUUUGUCACCACCAACGACGAACGAGCGGCCACCAGGCAACAACAGCAGCAACAAAACACAAAAAGGCUACAAAAAAAAAAAAAGAAAAACGCCAUAACAAGCAGUAGACAGCAACAAAGUCUUCUCACACAACACACACAGAAGACACACCAAAAAGAAAAAAAUCUAAAGGUGUUUAAAUCACCAUUUGAAGUAACACGUCAGUCUGUCAGCAGCUGCAUAACGCGCUUGUUAUCUCUCUGCGCGUAGCCGAAAGAAAUAAAAAUUGUGUCGAACAGCACAAGCAAGACCACAGGAAAAUCAUAUCGUGUUUCCUUGCUUGGACCUAUAAAAAAAAACCACACAGCCAAUCAUCAACGUUGGUUGCUUUGAAAAAAAAACCCCACCAAAAAGGCCAUAAACCGCACACAUUUCAAUUAGACAAGAGUGUGCUGUGGCCACAAUAACAACAAAUAAAAAAAAACACAACAACAAAAAAAACACAACAACCGCUAGCAGCAAAAAAAAAAGGGGGGAAAAGCCCUGCAUUUACCCCUUCAUUCUUCCCUAAGCAAUAACAACAAACCUUACCACAAUAUAUUCUUAUCUAAAACCACAAUUGCAGCAGCAACAAUAACUCUUAUAAGCUCAGGAGUAACAGUGAAAAAAAGUGUAAUUCAUUUGUUGUACUCUUGAUUUAGGGAGAAGCAAAAACAAAAUAUAUAACAACAGCUAAAUCUCCUCUAACUGUCGUGCAUUACUCAAUACGAUAAGUGUUAAAUAUACUCUCGCUCUUCUCUGGUGUGUUGUUGUUAAGAGUUCUAGUUUGUUUUUGUUUUUUUUUCGCUAUUCCCCACAACCGUGAGAGUUUCAAAGAGUACUUGAGGUUGAGUUUUCUUUGUGUUUUUAAUCAACCUCCACCACACAAAAACCGCCAACCACCCCACCCUCCCUCCCAACCACUAAAGGCAAAACAAUAACAACAAAGCAGUUAAACCAAUACCACACAACCAGCACCAUGUUCGCUGUAAUGAGAAUCGACAAUGAUGACUGCCGGUCGGACUUUCGUCGCAAGAUGCGUCCGAAGUGUGAGUUCAUUUGCAAGUAUUGCCAGCGGCGUUUCACCAAACCCUACAAUCUAAUGAUUCACGAACGUACCCACAAAUCGCCCGAGAUCACCUAUUCCUGCGAGGUAUGCGGUAAAUACUUCAAGCAACGUGAUAAUCUAAGACAACACAGAUGUAGUCAGUGUGUCUGGCGAUAAACUAUAUACUAUGUAAAGCACCUCUAUACAUAAACACCAUUCUAUAUAUAUAUAAUAAAUAUUAAUAAAUAUAUCUAUAUAAAACAAAUUAUAAGAAAACACCUCUUUAAGGAAAGGAAAAGAAAAACACCAAUCAUGCACUUCAUAUCUACACCAACAUACCCACAAACACCUUGCACCUGCAUAUGUAGAGCAUAGAAACACAGUCAACAGCAAACAACAGCAACAACAAUGGAAAAGAAGACAAUUUCAAUAUGCAACAACAACAAUAAGAAUAUUAUCAAAAUCUUCAAAGAUUAAGAAAUCAUCCAUUUAACCAUCCAUUCAACACUUCAUGCAUCAAGACUCACCAUCAUUUCACCUUGGGGACAAUUUUCUCAUAUCCUCUGAUUAAAACUGGCCAGCAUGCUGUUUCUGAUACCUUUUUAAGGGGAAUUUUUCUCAAAAAUUUGGCACCAUAAAACUGAGUAAACUUUUCUGCCCGCAUCACAGAUGACUUAUAUGGCUCAUGAUUUGAAAAUUUCAUAAAACUCGUCAUCUUUAUUUUAAGUAGGAGCCAUGUAGUUGUAGGUGUUAUGCUGUAGUCACUGGUGAAAGUGUUGUGAUGUUGCUAGACCCCCUUAAAAGGUGAUGGUAUUCAAAAAAUCGAAAAUCACCAACUUUUAUUGAUGCCGGAUCAGAGGAAACCAGCAUGGCUUUUUCUUUUGUUUAGCAGUUGAAAAAAUUCAACACCAACUACCCAGGUUUGAGGGCGUUAUUUUAUGGAUGUUUUAUGGUUUCAAAUGGUUACACCACUCACACAUAUGUAUAUACUGGCUGUAAGCAACACCCACAUAGCUCAACAGAAGAAAUAUAGAAACGCACUAAUACUACUAUUACUAGAUAACUAAAGCUCUUCUUUGAAUACUUAGAAGCUUAUCAAAAAUCGAGAAGGUAUUCCUAAAGUAAGAGCCACAUCUAGUAACCCAGGCAUCCAAUAUUCUUUUAUUUCAAUUUCAAUAGUUCAAUGAAAUGAAACAUCUAAGAAAGCUAUGAAAUAAGUGAAGAAUUCGUAUGCGCAGGCGCAACGUCAUCUCUAACCAGCCAACUAGGCCUCAUUCCUGAUUUUCCUUUUUCUUGCCUUUAACUCUUACUCUGCCUCUCUUCUCUCUCUCACUCUCGCUAACAAAAAUUCAUACAUUCAAAAAGAAAAA